CGCACCACUAUCGAUUCCCGCCGAACGUGGAGAAGAUUCCGUAUUUCUCUCUCUUCCUCUGAUUCUUGUAUAGAGUGCGAAGAGCGAAAAGCGAAAAAAAAAUCGACCUCGCAGCAAGCUCGUCUUCAAGAUCAGUAGCCAAAAGAGAGAGAGAGAGAGAGAGAGAGAGAGAGAGAGAGAGAGAGAGAGAGAAAGGAAACGAGGAAGACAAUAAAAAAAAGUGUCGCGUCGUCGCGUCGAUUUCCCGGUGUGUACGAAUUCGAAGGGGCUAGCAAAAAAAGAGGGAGAGCAAGUGUCCGACGACGAAAGUUUCAGUAGUAGUAGUAUAGUAUAGCAGCGCACGAGAGAGAGAGAGAGCGGAUCGAUCGUUUGCUCGCUCUGCUCGGCUGUGUUCUCUCUCUCUCUCUCAACAUUAAAAUUGUAUGUAAGUCGUUGCAAACCCUCCCGGGGAUCACGAGUAGAGAACGAGAGUGAGACAGAGAGCAAAAGAAUGCCAAGUAGCCGCACCUGAGUGCUAACGAAGCCAAUAUGACCAGUCCAAUGACUCCUGGUACUGAUCCUUGGGUGGUUCAACCUCCUGAGCGAGCUCGAUACCAGCAGCAGUUUGACUCGCUCAAACCAAUCAAUGGAGUUAUCACAGGUGGUCAAGCAAAAGAUUUCUUUUUGCAAUCGCAGCUCCCUCCUGCUGUACUUGGCCAAAUAUGGGGAUUGUCGGAUACAGAUUCGGAUGGGCGAAUGAAUAUCAAUGAAUUCAGUAUUGCAUGUAAAUUGAUAAAUUUGAAACUGAGAGGUUUUGAGGUACCCAGUUCAUUGCCACCAUCACUGAUAAGAAGUUUGCAGGCAUAUGCAGCUGUAAAUCAACCAUUGGCAACUCCACCCACAGUACCAUCAAUAGUGUCACCUCCAAAUGUAGUUUCUAUUCCUCGACCGAUCGCCGCACCGACAGUUGUACCAAAAAUUGGUGGUCCUCCAGUUGUUGCAUCUAUGGCAAUGCCUAUCGCAUCGCAACAAAGUAGACAGCCUGUAGCCGCAAACGCACGCCCUACGUCAAACACAUCACCGUCAAAGCUACCUCCUGCCCGACCACCACCUACUUAUAUCACCGGAGCUGGAUUCGUACCGACAACUGGACCACCCCCGAAACCACAACCACCGUCAUUUCCAAGUAGUCCAGUAGCUGCAGCAUCGCCUGUCAAACCAAUAGUCCCACCGAUGGCUCCGCCAGUACAAAUGGUUCAACCGAUGCCCACGGUCGUUUCCAAUAUGGAUUUAUUCGAUCUGUUAAUGUCGGAAGGUGCGCCACCAGUAGCAUCGGUUGCACCGAUCGCACCAAUAAACACAGCACCAGUGCCGCAAACGGCUUUCACUAUGGAUCAAGCAAUGCCACCAAUGUCAACCAUGGCACCAACGAUGCCAGCAACUGGAGCUCCCGCUGUUCCGUUGAUGGCAACUGGUAUAGCAAUGGUACAGCAUCCAGGUAUGCCGAUGGUACAAGCGGCUGUUCAGCCAAUGGUUCAGCCGAUUGUUCAAACUAUGAUUGGUGUGCCAUCGAUGAUCUCAGGAGUGCCUCCGACGGUCGCUGGAGCUACAACUGUAUCGCACGUUGCAGGAAACGGUAUGGUAGCCGGAGUGACGCCAGUGAUAACGCCAUCAGUAACAUCAUUGCCACAGAGCACAAUGAACGGUAGCAUAAUCCACACGCCAGUGUCAACGAGCACACCUCUGAGCACGACGACAAGACCACCAAGCAUAGACCGAACGGGUUCGGUAGAUUCACAACAUCGUGGUUCCAUCGACAUGCCACAACAGCAUCGUGCCUCCAUCGAUAUGCAACAUCGCGCGUCAAUAGAUAUGCAGCAACGUGGUUCCAUCAGCGGCACUGACAUGCAACAGCAUCGCGGCUCCGUUGAUAGUCAGCAUUCGGGCACUGGGAUUGCUUCGCCGCAAGAAUGGGCUGUACCUCAUCAGACGAAGCUCAAGUACACGCAGCUUUUUAACACGUGGGAUCGCACCAGAUCGGGUUUCCUCUCAGGACCUCAGGCAAGAAACAUCAUGGUUCAGUCGCAGCUGCCGCAAGCUGUUCUUGCACAAAUAUGGGCUUUGGCAGACAUGGAUUCAGAUGGCCGAUUAGGUUGUGAAGAAUUCGUCCUAGCAAUGCAUUUAUGUGACAUGGCAAAGGCUGGUGAAGUCAUAUCCACGUCUCUUCCUCCGGAUCUUAUUCCACCGACUUUCAGACGACAGCGCCAGAGUUCCGUCUCUUCUCAAGGAGUUCCCGAUAAUAUUGAUCCGUUAGCUGGCAUGCCACAGACUUCGUUCGAGGACAAACGAAAAGAGAACUUUGACAAAGGUCAAGCAGAAUUAGAUAGACGGCGUAAAGCACUGAUGGAAGUCCAGCGAAAAGAGCAAGAAGAAAGAGAAAGAAAAGAAAGGGAAGAAGCUGAGAAGCGUGAAAAGCAGAGAUUGGAACAAGAAAGACGUCGUCAAGCGGAAUUGGAGCAACAAAUGAUGAGACAAAAGGAAAUGGAAGAACAAAAGGAAGAAGAAAGAAGACGCGAACAGGAACGAAAAGAAGCCGCAAGAAAAGAAAUGGAGAGGCAGCGUCAAUUAGAGUGGGAAACACAAAAAAUGCAGGAGUUACAAGCUAGGCGCCAACAAGAACAGGACUCUCUUUUGAAAUUAAAAGCAAAGAAUCAAACAUUAACCAUCGAAUUAGGCACCUUGAACGAAAAAGUGAAGGAGUUAUCACAGAAAAUUUGCGACACUCGGGUAGGCGUUUCAACCGUUAAAUCAACGAUUGAUGGAAUGCGAACGACGCGAGACCAGCAACUUCAAGAAAUGUCAGCCUUGAAGAACAAGUUACGCGAACAAAACCAACGAUUACUCGCCUGCAGUCAAGAGAAAGCUAAACUAGAGGCGAAGAGUAAAGCCCAAGAUGCAGCUGGCCAGGAAGCACACAAACUGGCUGUAGCGAACAAGAAGCUGGCAAUCAAACAAUUGGAGGACAAACUUGAAGAGUUGAAGAAGGAAGUAGCGGAAAAGGAACAGGAGGUGGAUAACAGCAACAAAUCCUUGGAUGACUUGAAAGAAGAGAUGAAAGUAAUGGUGAACAACUGUAAGGAAUUGCUGGUGAAAUACGAAGAAAAGAAAAAAAAGAUACUGGAAAUGCGCAAUAAACAAGCGAAAGGUGGAUUCACUGCUGCCACGGCUUCUUGGGGAGACGAAGCAUGGAGCGACUCUGGUAACGCUGAGGAAAUUGACGUUGACUCUUGGCCUACUGACACUGCUGCAACGGUUGUUGCAAGUGCCGCUGCUACUGCUACUAUAGUGGAAGACACAGGUGGCAAAAAGUACAGAGCGCUCUACGAAUUCGUUGCUAGAAAUCAGGAUGAAAUUUCAUUCCAGCCUGGAGAUAUAAUUAUCGUACCGCCAGUACAAAAUGCAGAGCCUGGCUGGAUGGCAGGUGAAAUUCGUGGUCACACAGGAUGGUUUCCAGAAUCAUAUGUUGAGCCUAUUGAGCCUGUAGAAGUCGAACCUGUCGUAGCCGAUCCAUUUGUUCAUCAAGAUAGCUUAGAAAAACGAACACUUGAAGGAAUUGCGGAAGUUCCUGAAAAUCUAUCAGAUGCCGGCUCUGCUGUAGGUGACGGUCCUCACGUCGAGCCUGCUACACCAAAACUAGGUGAAGGACAGCUGUGUAACCUCAAAGCAACGACACUUUAUCAAUAUCGACCUACAACUGAGGGACACUUAUCCUUUGGCAAAGGAGAAACUGUUACAAUUAAAGAACAACAAGAUGUGUGGUGUUAUGGACAAUCGAGCGAUCAAAGUGUCGGUUGGUUCCCUAAAUCCUACGUGAAAAUUGAAGUGACCAAUGGCCAGGAUACAAUGACUGUUUCUGGUGACGGUCUUAAUGAGUAUUACAUUUCUCUCUAUCAGUAUGACUCGAGCGAAGCCGGCGAUCUGAAUUUCAACCACGGCGAAAUCAUACUGGUCUCAAAGAAAGAAAAUGACUGGUGGACUGGUGUUAUUGGCGAUCGAACGGGUAUAUUUCCGUCGAAUUACGUCGAGAAAUACGACAUGCCUAAUCAGAGCGCUGCUAAACAAGCUACACCAAAUGAUCAAAAGCCAGAAGAAUUGAGUGAAACUGCUGAAACUGCUAUAAAUAUACAAGAACAGCCAAAGCAAAAAACAGCCGAACAGCUCGAGGAAGAAAGAGCCGAGGCCGAGGAUAGAGAUGAAUUACCAGACUUUGCUGCUAUGUCUGCUUCGCAGUAUACAUCAAAGAAACGAAAGCCCGACAUCGUGCAAGUUAUCGCACCGUACAAGGCGACGAGUAUCGAGCAAUUGGAUCUGUCAAAGGGCCAGCUGAUUGCUGUACGGAGGAAACACGAAUCAGGCUGGUGGGAAGGUGAAUUGCAGGCACGAGGAAAGAAGAAGCAAGUCGGAUGGUUCCCAGCGUCAUACGUGAAACUUCUGCAAAGCAGCAGUAAUCGCAGCACGCCAGUUUCACACAGAUAUCAAGAUUCCCCAACGAUGGAUCCCUUCGCUGAGAAGGUAAUGGCGUUGUAUCCGUACAAGGCACAAAACGAGGACGAAUUGAGUUUCGAAAAAGGUGAUGUGAUCGUGGUAUUAUCCAAGGAUGAAGACUCGUGGUGGCGCGGCGAGUUGAACGGUUUAUCUGGCGUCUUUCCCAGUAACUACGUCUCGCCAAUGUUGAACGCCCUCUCGAGAGCCGAGAACGCGAUGGCCCAGCAACUCGACUCGAUGGAGAGAAAGAGGCAGGAGUACAUCAAGGAACUGAUCGUCACCGAGGAGGCUUACAUCGUGGACAUGCAGCUGGUGCACGAGGUUUUCGAAAAGCCACUGUUAGCCAGCAUGGUCUUGACGGUCAACCAAGUCGACAAAAUAUUCAUCAACUGGAGGGACAUCAUAGCUUGCAACGACAGCUUUUUGAGAACAUUGAGGAUCCGCCGUGACAACAGCGAGGCUGGAGUCGUCCGAAUGAUCGGUGACAUUCUCUGCGAAAACAUUCCACGCAUGUCGGCCUACGUCAGAUUCUGCAGCUGUCAGAUUUCCGCGGCAGUCUAUCUACAGCGGCUCACCGAGACCAAUCCCUCGUUUGUCGAAGUGGCUCAGCGCUGCCAGCAGGAUCCGAGGACCAAAGGGAUGCCGCUCAGCUCUUUCUUGAUCAAGCCCAUGCAACGAAUCACCAAGUACCCACUGAUUAUUGGAAAGAUACUGGAGUACACACGGCCAGACCACCCUGACAGACAAUACUUGCAAGAAGCUCUUGCAAAAGCCGAAGAAUUCUGUACUCAGGUGAACGAAGGCGUACGCGAGAAGGAGAAUAGCGACAGGUUGGAAUGGCUGCAGACGCACGUGGUUUGCGAUGGUCUCGAGGAGCAAAUAAUCUUCAACUCGCUGACCAACUCUCUCGGGCCUCGCAAGCUCGUCCAUUUCGGAAUAUUGCACAAGGCCAAGAGCGGCAAAGAGCUUGUCGGCUUCCUCACUAACGAUUUCUUACUGUUUGCACAACCGACCAAGUCAAUGCCCAGCGGGCAACAAUUCUCCUUCGAGAGGAACGAACAUCAGAAGUUCAAGCUUUACCGGAGGCCGAUCUUUCUGCAAGCUCUGUCGCUAAUCAACGAAUAUGAAACCGCUGGCCUGAUGAACGGUUCAUUCAACGGCCACGAUUCCAACGAGCAAUCGCGCACCUUAAAACUCAGCGACUCGAAGAAAGCAAUAACGCUUGUCGCACCGUCGAUAAGUGAAUGUUCAUUAUGGGUACGGCGAAUAAGCGAGGCACGACGUCACUUCGCCGAGACGGAGAAGAGCCGCUUGCUACGUCAGCGGUCGAAGCAAGCGCAAUUCAAAGCGUGUGGCCGAAUUCUAGUGACUGUUGUGGAAGGAUCCAGUCUAAUGUCCUCGACUGGCAAAUGCAACGCGUUUUGCAAAGUUUCUAUGGGUUCGCAAGAGGAACAAACGAUCGUUGUGUCUGGCACCGAUUGCCCAGUUUGGGACACGUCCAUGCAGUUCCAGGUUAAAGAUUUACACGAGGACACUUUGUGCAUCACUAUUUUCGACAAAGGAUAUUUUAGCCCCGAUGAGUUUCUUGGCCGUGCUGAAGUUCGAGUGGUCGACAUCGUAAGGGAUAGCAAAGACGCUUGUGGACCAAUCACCAAACGUAUAAAACUUCGCGAAGUUGAUCGCGGAGACGUAGUUUUAAAGUUAGAUCUUCGACUGUUUGGCAGUAGAUAGUGCAUAAAAAGGAAGACUUACACGAAGAAAAUCAAGCAUAAUAGAGUAUAUAAAUUUCUAUCCAAACCGACCUAUUGAUUUCUCAGUCUUUAGUGGUUUUAAGACGUAUACCGAGCAUAUCUCUCGUGAAAGCAAUCAAGUACAUAUCCGUACAUUUCCAUUAUAUGAUAGUAUUUUUAUUUUAAAUGUAUAUGACUCGGUAAUGAAAUCUGAUUAUGUUCAAAUAAUCCAUAGUUAUUUUGUAUACUAUGUUGUAUUAUUUACUUGAACAAAGUCUUGGGAAAUAUUUUCCUGUUUUUUUUCAUUAUUACAUAAAAAAGUGGUAGCGCAUUGUUUUUAACUUUAUUAUAAAUUUAUAAUUAUUGUUACUUUGCUGUUGCAAAUGCUUUCUUUAUCACCUCAAGGUUAAAUUA